GGGCGCAGGCGCGGAAGGGAGGAAGGGUCGGGAUGAGGUCGCGCAUGCGCAGAAGGGCGCCCUCCUCCUCCUCCGCCUCUUCUUCCCGGCGGUCUGGGGUUCAAGAUGGCGCCUUAGGGGAGCCGCCUCAGGCCUCACCCAUCUGCAGCCCCCGACCUCAGGUAACUCGGCCCCCUCCUCCCCCUAGCACCUGUAUAGAGUUCAGGUGGUCCGGCGGAACCAAGGCCUUAAUUCCCAGAAGGAGCGAUGGCCACCAUGGUGGCCAAACGAGACGGACCACCAUUCAUUAGUGAAGCCGCCGUCCGGGGGAAUGCGGCCGUUCUGGAUUACUGUCGGACAUCCGUGUCUGCCCUUUCCGGAGCAACAGCAGGGAUCCUUGGCCUCACUGGCUUGUAUGGUUUCAUCUUCUAUUUUUUGGCUUCAAUCCUCCUCUCUGUGCUUUUGGUACUAAAAGCCGGAAGGCGGUGGAACAAGUACUUCAAGUCCCGUAGACCUCUCUUUACUGGGGGCCUUAUUGGAGGCCUCUUCACUUACGUCCUCUUCUGGACUUUCCUCUAUGGCAUGGUGCAUGUGUAUUAAAAGUGAUGGGGCUGCCGUGGGCUGAAGUGGUUUUGAUUGAACUGGAGAGCUGUUGCCGGAAAUUAAUUUAAUCAACAAGAUAUAGACGUGCUUAGUUUUUAAAUUGUUGAACUCACCGCUUAUGCUGUUAACAUUGUUGGUAACUUAUGUUGAAGAUGAAUAUUCCUUUAAUAUUCCUUUAAUUAAAUCUAAUGUGAAAUA